ACACCACUGAAAGAAAGUUAGUAUAAUGGAAUAUCGGGCCACAGCGGGCCGCCAACUCGAUCUUCAUGAUAGAAUUUAUGGAUGAUAACUAUAUAAAGAGUCUACUGUCCGCUCCUCUAAGCCCAACAAACACUUGUACCCAACACACAAAACACAUAUCUACUCUCCUAAGACUGUCAAAAAAGUCUCUCCACCUUGCAAGCGACCAGAAUCUACCAACACGUCAAACUUUUGGCAGCUCUCCCGUCCAGCAUCUCAAGCAUGCUUACUCAACUCACCCUCCUCCGUAUCCUCGCCGGCGCAGCACUUUGCGCAGUCAUUCGCGCAUCGCCGCGCAGCACACCGGUCAUCGUGUCUAGACUCGGCUCAACCACCGGUAGCGCCAGCAUUCCGGGCCCGAUCAGCUGUCAGCCUGCAUACGUGUACCUCAACUGCACGAUAGAAUGCACGGUACCAAUGUGUUACGACACGCCAGACCCGUAUACUUGCUACAAGCAGUGUGAGGAGAUGUGUCUCGAGGCGUCCACAAUUGAGCAGUGCAAGGAGGCCCCGCCAAAGCCUUCACCUGCAGUUGAUUGUGCGCAAUCCAAGGACGAGGAUUGUUGAUUGGGGCUUGCGAAUGGGGAGGUGGUCUCUAGGGGGGCCACAUGAGAUUGGAGAUAGCCAGGACAGCAAUUUGCGAUUACUGGCAGAUUGGGGGAUCAAUUAUGGCAUCGCUAAAAUUGGAUUGGAGGAUUCUUGCGUUUCUGAGAGUCAGGUUCUUGAAUAGAGAGCUUGGGGAAAGAUGGUUCUUUGUAGUCUGUAGUCAUAGAAUGGAACUGUGGUGUUUGACAUAUGAAGUGCAGGUGUUCCCAAGUGACUACUAAAACACGUUUAAAAUAAGCGCAAGGCUGGCUUGGGAUGCCAGCUAUACGAUACAACGAUAGCUUCAUAAGGCUAG